UAUCUAUCUAUCUAUCAUCUAUCUAUCAAGUUUCACUGCCCUAACACACUAUAUGGCAUGUUUGAAGAAUGUCUCAAUAUUUGGUUUUUGUGACAGAAUGCUCAAGGGCAUUUUCUUCUGCCUCUUUGACAGUUCUUUAUCAGUUACCUUUGCAAACUUUUCCUCUUCUCUGUUGGCAUUUAUUAAAUAUUAGUGAUCUGCAAAAAUGGAUUUUCAGUCCUUUUUCUUCCAUGAUACUGUGUGUCUCUCUGUCCAAACAAGCUCAUCUACAUCAAAGGCCUCAUUUACAAUAUAAUUCAAAUUACUCACAUAUUCCAGUCUAGCACAGACAUGACAUGUCCUAUAGUGGGUCUUGAAAUCAAGCCAAACUCAGAGUGAUCACAAAUGAACUCAUGGUCUUCCCUUGAAAUGGAGGCUUAUUCCAAGGUUUCCUGCUCAGAGAAAAGCCUAGCCCUCCAUCCUGUUGCAUCAGGUAGAAUCCUAAAAUCAUCCUUGACAACCUUCACUCUUACCUCUUCUCCAUCCAUAUCAGUUCCAUUACUAAAUUAUGUUAAAUUCACCUAAAGUUUUAAUAUCCAUAGGUGCCCCAAAUCACCAUCAAACUAUAUUACAUCAAAUGACUCUCAUUACCCUUCUGAAUCAUGGUUUUCUCUCUGCUCUACUAACAGGAACUUUGCUCCCAUCUUAUUUAUUGUCUCUACUGUAGCCAGAGUAAUCUUUCAAAAUGUAAAGCCACUCAUAACACUACCCGCUUAAAAUCCAUCAGUGGAUGGAGGGGAUGAAAACAUGCCCUCAAAGGCUCUGCAUGCUCUUAUAUUUCUGUAAGCCUCUAGGACAGCUAGCUUUCCCAUCACUCUCUCCAUUCUAACAUGGCUGGCUUCUGUUCUGGAUCUAGACCAGUUAAUUAUGAGUGCAUUGCCCAAAGCUGAAUACUCCAGCUUAUUCAAUGAUUUUGUUGAAUCUGAAUUUUUUCUGAUUGAUGGAGAUUCACUACUUGCUACAUGCAUAAGUGAGAAAUCCUUAAAGCAGGGGCAAGCGCUCCACUUCUUUUAUGUGGUUGAAUGUUAUCUGAUGGAUCUUAUCAGUAAAGGAGGAAAAUUUGCCAUAGUUUUCUUCAAGGAUGCUGAGUAUGCAUAUUUCAGCUUCCCUGAACUUCUUCCUUUGAGAACUGCUUUAAUUCUUCAUCUUCAGCAUAAUACCACCAUUGAUGUUCAAACAGAAUUUUCUGGAUGCUUAUCACAUGGAUGGAAAAGUUUCUUAGAAGACAGUUAUCCGUAUUACCUGAUAGUUGCAGAUGAAGGCCUGGACCAUCUGCAAACACACCUUUUCAACUUUUUAAUUAUUCAGUCUUGGGGAAUGAAGGUCAAUGUUGUGAUUUCCUCAGGGCAAAAGUCCAAUAUUCUUCGACUUUAUGCGUACCUUAUGCCAAGCACGUACAACAACCAAACUUUUUUCCAAAGGAAUAAAAUGAAGAUUGAGAAUGCCUAUAAAAUCCUGAUUAAACAAUUGCAAGAAUGUAGAGUUUUAGCACUAGAAUCUCUUUUCGGAAAUUUGAAAUGGAACGAUAUCAUGGAAGAGGCAUCUGAAACCAUUUUUCUGCUUAAGCAACUCUGGCCAGAAGGAUCUGACAUUCGGCGUGUUCUCUGUGUUACUUCAUGCUCAUUGUCUUUGAGAAUGUACCAUCACUUUUUAGAAAACAGAAAGAAGACUGUCUCUGAUGAGAACACUAACAUCCAAGAGGUGGAAAGUAAUUGCUUAAACAUGCAAGAGAUGGAAGAUUUGUGUAAACUGCAUUGUCUUAGUGUGGUUUUUCUACUCCACUUGCCUCUUUCUCAAAGGACCUGUGCUAGAUUCAUCACUUCCAAUUGGACUAAGAACAUUCAGACUUUCUUAAAAAUGAAAAAGUGGUGUGAAUAUUUCAUCCUAAGUAAUAUGAACAUUUUUGAACUUUGGAAUCUGAAUUUAAUUCACCUUUCUGACUUAAGUGAUGAGCUUUUGUUGAAGAAUAUCACUUUUUACUAUGAAAAUGAAAAUGUUGAAGGCCUACAUUUGAAUUUGGGAGGUGCCAUUAUGAAGGAUUAUGAAGAUCUCUGGAAUACUGUGUCAAAGUUGGUCAGAAAGUUUUCUGUUGGAAAGCCAUUUCCUCUGAGAACAACAAAACUUUCUUUUCUUAAAAAGAAUCCAUCACCAAUCAAAGAUACCUCCAAGGAAAAGAUUCCUAAUUUGGGUUUUAUUUCUAUGUCAUGUGAAUUAGUUGAUAAGUUUGUUGGUGACAUUUUGACAGAUUUGCCUUUCUUAAAGAGUGAUGAUCCUAUUGUAACUUCAUUGGUUAAACAAAAAGAAUUUGAUGAACUUGUGCAUUGGCAUUCUCACAGACCGCUUAGUGAUGAUUAUGACAGGACAAAGUGUCAAUUUGAUGAAAAAUCUAGAGAUCCUGGUGUUCUUAGGUCUGUGCAGAAGUAUCAUGUUUUUCAACGAUUUUAUGGGAGUUCAUUAGAAUCAGUCUCUCCAAAAACUGUUGUAACUCAAGCUGUCAAGCCCAAGAGUAAUUUCAGUGUACCCAAGAACAAAAAGGCACAGGAGACCAAGGCUGAAAUAAUUACUAGAGAAAAUAAGAAGAGGUUACUUGCGAAGGAAGAAGAAAAAGAGGAGAAAAAAUGGAAUGUUCUGUCACUUUCUAUUGAGGAAGAAAUUAAAGAGAACUUAAACUCUGGAAUAAAGAACCUGGAAGAUUUUUUGAAAUCGUGUAAAACUAGCUCUGUGAAAUUUCGAGUUGAAAUGUUUGCGUUAACUGCCUGCUUGAAAGCGUGGAAAGAACAUUGUCGUGGUAAAGUUUCUAUAGUAUGUAGGAGAAUAAAGAAGAAGAGACAAGAAGAGGAAGAUAAAGGAGAAAUAAAACUGGGUGAAACCACAAAAGACUUAAGUAUAGCUGUUCAGAUGAUGAGAAGGAUCCACUCCUUGAUGGAAAAAUACCCAGAACUUUUGCAGGAGGCAGAUCAGCAAUUCAUAGCCAGAUGCCUGAAGUACUUAGGAUUUGAUGAGUUGGCAGAUUCUUUAUAUCCAACCCAGGUUGUAAGAGAUGACAUAAAGGAGAAGAAAAUGAAUAAAUAUUCAAUUGGCAUGGGGCCAGUUCGGUUUCAACUACAAUAUAUGGGCCAUUAUUUGAUACGAGAGCAGAGAAAAGAUACAGAUCCCAGAGUUCAGGAUUUUAUUCCUGACACCUGGCAGCGUGAGCUCCUCGAUGUUGUGGAUAAUAAUGAGUCAGCAGUGAUUGUUGCCCCAACGUCCUCAGGCAAAACCUAUGCUUCCUACUACUGCAUGGAGAAAGUGCUGAAGGAGAGCAAUGAAGGGGUGGUUGUGUAUGUUGCACCAACAAAGGCCCUUGUUAAUCAAGUGGCAGCCACUGUUGAGAAUCGUUUUACCAAAAAUCUGCCAAAUGGUGAAACUAUAUGUGGCGUUUUUACAAGGGAUUAUCGUCAUGAUGCCCUAAACUGUCAGGUACUUAUUACAGUGCCUGCCUGCUUUGAAAUUCUGCUAUUAUCUCCUCAUCGCCAAGCCUGGGUGAAAAGGAUCAGAUAUGUUAUAUUUGAUGAGGUCCAUUGUCUUGGUGGAGAAAUUGGAGCAGAAAUCUGGGAGCAUCUCCUUGUCAUGAUCCGAUGUCCCUUUUUGGCUCUUUCAGCUACCAUAAGUAACCCUGAACAUCUUACUGAGUGGCUACAAUCAGUAAAAUGCUACUGGAAACAAGAAGACAAUGCAAUGAGAAAAAAAGGACAUGCUGGCUAUCGUGCCAAUUUUCAUAAAGAUCACUUUCAAAUAAAGGAAUCAUAUAAAGUUAGACUUGUGCUCUAUGGAGAGAGAUACAAUGAUUUAGAGAAGCAUAUAUGUACAAUAAAACAUGAUGACAUUCAUUUUGAUCAUUUUCACCCAUGUGCUGCACUAACAACGGAUCAUAUUGAAAAGUAUGGAUUCCCUUCUGACCUUACCCUCUCCCCUCGAGAAACCAUCCAGCUUUAUGAUGCCAUGUUUCAAUUCUGGGAGAGCUGGCCCAGGGCCCAGGAGUUGGAUCCAGAGAACUCCAUUCAUUUUAAGAAUAAAAUAGUCAUUAAAAAGUUGGAUGCUAGAAAAUAUGAAGAAAGCUUAAAGGCAGAAUUCACAAGCUGGAUUAAAGACGGCCAUGCUGAAGAGGCCAAAAUGGUUCUGAGGAAUCUUAGUCCUGAUUCAGUUUUUAGUUCAGGAAACAUGGUAAGAAUGUUUCCACUGCUUGUUGAAAAGCUAAGGAAAAUGGAAAAGUUACCGGCAUUAUUUUUUUUAUUCAACUUAGGAGAUGUAGAACAGAGGGCUUUAAGUGUGAAAACUUUCCUGGAGCAAAAGCAAGAGGAAAAAAGGCCUUCCAAAGCUGACAAAGAAGCCCAUGACUUGACUAACAAACUUCGAAAAGUUAAAAAAUCCAUCGAGAAACAAAAGGCAAUAGAUGAGAAAAGCCAGAAAAAUCCCAGAAAAAUGGAUCAAAUGCUACUACAUGAAGCUGAACAUAAUAAUCUACUCAAGACUUUAGAGAAGAACUUGGAAACCCCUCCAGACUGUACCUAUGCUAAUCAAAAAGCGAUAGACACAGAGACUUUGCAGAUGGUGUUCAAUCGAGUAAAAUUCACAAGAAAAGGUGCAGAACUGAAGGCUUUGGCAAGAAGGGGUAUUGGAUAUCAUCACAGAUCUCUAAGCUCCAGAGAAAAACAGCUAGUUGAGAUUCUUUUUAGGAAAGGGUUUAUUAGGGUGGUAACAGCUACUGGGACACUUGCUUUAGGAAUCAACAUGCCUUGUAAAUCUGUGGUUUUUGCUCAAAACUCAGUCUAUCUGGAUGCUUUAAAUUACAGACAGAUGUCUGGACGUGCUGGACGACGAGGUCAAGACCUGUUGGGAGAUGUGUAUUUCUUUGAUAUUCCAUUGCCCAAAAUAGGAAAACUCAUGAAAUCCAAUGUUCCUGAACUAAGAGGGCAGUUCCCUCUCAGCAUCACCCUGGUCCUGCGACUCAUGCUGCUGGCCUCCAAGGGAGAUGACCCAGAGGAUGCUAAGGCGAAGGUGCUGUCAGUGCUAAAGCAUUCAUUGCUGUCCUUCAAAAAACCCAGAGUCACAGAGAUGUUAAAACUUUACUUCUUGUUUUCUUUGCAGUUUCUUAUGAAACAGGGCUAUUUAGAUCAAGAAGGUAAACUGUUGGGGUUUGCUGGACUUGUAUCACAUUUGCACUAUCACGAGCCUUCUAAUCUUGUGUUUGUCAGUUUUCUUGUAAAAGGCCUUUUCCAUAAUCUCUGUCAGCCAACUAGGAAAGGCUCAAAACAUUUUUCUCAAGAUGUUAUGGAAAAGCUAGUGUUAGUAUUGGCAAAUCUGUUCGGAAGAAGACUGCUUCCAGCAAAGUUCCAAGAUACCACUCUCAAGUUUUAUCAAUCAAAGGUGUUCCUUGAGGAUCUUCCUGAGGAUUUUCAUGAUGCUUUACAUGAGUAUAACAUGAAUGUGACAAAGGACUUUGCCUCCUUCAUAAUAACUGUUUCUAAAUUGGCUGAUAUGAAACAGGAAUAUCAACUCCCAUUGUCAAAAAUUAGUUUCGCAGGAAAAGAGUGUGAGGACUCCCAGCUUGUGUCUCACUUGAUGAACUGCAAAGAAGGAAGAGUAGCUAUUUCUCCAUUUGUUUGCCUCUCUGGAAACUCUGAUGGUGAUUUGCUUCAGCCAAAUAUUCCAAACCAUGUCAUUCUGCGUACAAUUGGUAUUAAUCACACUCAGGCUCCUGUGCUGUGGUCACAGAUAUUUGAUAACCAAGGAAGAAGAAUGCCACUUAAUGCUUAUGCACUUGAUUUCUAUAAACAUGGUUCCUUGAUAGGACUAGUCCAGGACAACAGGAUGAAUGAAGGAGCUGCUUAUGAUCUGUUGAAGGAUUUUGCACUCACCAUUCUCUCUAUCAGUGUUUCCUUGCGUGAACUAUGUGAAAAUGAAGAUGACAACGUGGUCUUAGCAUUUGAACAAUUGAGUGAAACCUUUUUUGAAAAACUUAAUAAAGUUUAAAAACAAAGACUAUCCAGAUCGCUUAAAAUAUUUCUAUGGGCAUUUUUCAAGUCAUGUUUUGUGAUCAUCAUACUUUUUUGGUCAGAAAUACAUAUAUAAUGAAGUGAAAAUAACAAACAACUUGGAGUCAGAAUUAUAAUCAAACCUGCCAUGUUCUUUCAUGAGUACCCUUGGACAAGUUAUUUAAUGUCUUUGAAUCUUGGCUUUUUAAUAUAAUAAUUAUUCAUAAUUAUAUGAAUAAUAAUGCUUAUGUUUCAGCUAGUUUGUGGAUUGAUUGAGAAUAUGCAAAGAUUUUGUAUGUGACUGAAGAACAAUUUUUACUCUUGGAGGUCUAGACAAAUAUUAAGUUCUUAACAUUUUUCUCCUCAAUGUCAUAAUUUGUAAACAUCUAUUAAGGCUAGAAUAAGCUAUUACAGUACCCUGAAGUUGAAAUAUAUUUUCUUUAAUUAAUUUAAAUGUGAUUAUAUGACUUAUAUAUAUGGUUUUAAAAUGGUGACUUCUAGCAAAUUUGAACUACUUUUUAAAAAAAUAUAAAUGAGAGUUUUGGUAUGAAUCUUGUGAUUCAUUUUUAAAAUGGUAUGAAUCUUGUGAUUCAUAUUUAAAAUAUCAGAUAGCUUGUGAUUUGGCUUGAUUUUAAUUGUAUAUAAGUGACUGAAAAAACACAAAGAAAUAAAACGGGUGUGGUCAACUUAC